AUGGAUUAAGAAAAAAGAAGAAGAUGGAUUCAAAUAUAAUAAUAAAAACUUGAGGAUAUUAGAUUAAGGAAGUUUACUCCAGUUAACUAUAUGAAAAAUGAUAAUAUUAGAUUAAGUAAAACUGAAAAGAUUAUAUAAUUGAAAUAGCCAUAAAUGUUAAGACAUUAAUAAACUAUGGCUAUUGAUGAAUAUAUUUCUAAAGGUGAUUGCAAAUUAAUCUUUUUAUAAUAAUAAAAUGAAGAUAUUGGAUUUAAAACAUUUACAGAAAUGAUGAAAACCAAUUCAAGUUGGUGGGGUAAAGUAGAUUAACUUAAUCCAAAUGAAUCUACACUUAAAAAUAGAUUAUAAUUCAAUCAAUUUUAAGCUAAUCAAUUCACAAAUUAAUUAAAUAGAAAAUGGACAAGCACAGUAAAUGAAAUUACUGGAAUGAUUAACAAAUAAUAAGAGUUAUAACAACUAUAAAAAAUAAAAAAAAUUAAAUUAAAACCUAAACCUAUUCCAUAAAUAGAAGAAAAUGAAGAAAAUAAUGAAGAAAACAAUAAAUAAUUUGAUCCCUCCUCAACUUUUGUUAAAGUUUUCUGGUUUAACAUCUAAAUUAAUGAAUGGAAACCUCCUGUAAGAGAAGGAUGCUCUGUUACUUAUAUACCUUCUCUCAAUAAGGCAUAUAUGUAUGGAGGUAUUGGUAAUGAUUUAUUUAAAAAUGUAAUUGCUUUAAAUACAUAAACUUGGACAUGGAAAGAUAUUGGAGUUGGUAAAGGAGAAGCACCAGUAGAAGGAAGAUUUGGACACACUGCAACAUAAUAUAAACAAAGUAUAAUUAUAUAUGGAGGAGAAAAAAAGUUUAACAAUGUAAUGAGGAUUAGAGAAUGUUAUAAUGAUGUUAGGAUGUUUAAUCCAGCAGAAAAAUUGUGGACAUUAAUAAAAACUAGUGGUGAUAUUAUAGAAGGAAGAAGAAAUCAUAUAGCAUAAUGUGUUGGAAAAUAUUUUAUUAUAUUUGGAGGAAUUAAUUCUUAUGGUAAAGUUUUAAAUGAUGCAUGUGGUUUGAAUUUAGAAACUAAUAAAUGGUAUUUAAUUAUAUAUUAUAGUUUAGGUCUAUUUUACAAAUAGAAAAUUAAUUUCUUGAAGGUGUAUCUGAUGCAGUUUCUGCUUCUUUAUUCAAUGGGGAAGUCAAAAUGGAAAAUCCAUACUUUAGCUAUGAAUGCAAUAAAAAGAAAGGAAAGUAUCCUACUGUUACAUAAGAGGGAAUAUAUGUAUUUGGUGGAAGAAUGUAAAAUGGAGAAGCCACAAAUGAUUUAAGAGUCAUUUAAUUCGGAUUUAAACCUAUUCGAAUAAUUAAGUUAAAAACUAAAGUACUUAUCUGCAAUCAUUUUAGGGGUAAGUCCCAAUUGCUCGUUAUUCUCAUAGUCUUAAUUAUUAUUAUAAUUUGAAUGCUUUAAUUGUUUAUGGAGGUAGAAAUGAUUCAAAAUCGGAUAAUAUACUUAAUGAUUUAUAUGUUUUAUAAUUAAUGUAGAUGAAUUGGGUAUUAGUUUAAUAAAUUGGAGGAUUUAAAUAUGGUAAAUUCAGUCACUGUAGUGUUUCAAUAGAUUCUAAAAUCUUGAUUUUUGGAGGAUACACUUAAAAUGUUUAUGCUAAUGCUGAUAUCUAAUUAAUUGAAUUAGACUAAAAUAAAGUUACUAAAAUGAUAAAAGAAAAUAAGAUUAAUAAUUAAUUGACAAUAAAUAGUUUAGAUUUAUUGACUAAUGCUAAUUUGAAGGUUUUUAAAACUGAAUUUUAUUAAGAUACUACUGAUUUAGAAUAGAAUGAAAUUCAUAAACCAUUUGAUACUAUGAGAAUAAAUUCAAUGAAUCUUAAGACUUUUAUGCCUUUACCUACUAAGAAUAAUUCUUAAUUGAUGCAAGAUUAUAAAUUACUUAGAUUAAAUUCUAAAUUUUCCAAGACUAAUAUAUUUUCAAGUAUUUGA